GCAGUCGUCUUUGAAAAAUUCCGAGCUUCAAUUGUUCAAAAUAUUAGCCAAUAGUUGAAUGUCAUUUCAGUUAUGCUUCUAUAUCAGUUAAUCAAGAGCAUGUGUAUAUAUGUGAUUAAUUUAGCCUAAUUUAGAACUUGGAAAGAUAGGUUGCAUAAAAAAUGUGUUUACACUUCUUGAAGUACUUAUCGCUUUAUAAUAUAUUUGUGUUUAAUUCACAAUGAAUGUGUGUUUAAUGAAAUAAGGUUGGCAAUUCCGUAGCGGUCUGGGUGCGGUAUGUGAAUUUAGUAAAUAGAUUUGUGUUGGCAUGAAAAGAGGGCGUUGACUUGCACUACGCAAACUGAAAUCAUUCGAAGAAAUAUAUUAAAUUGGAUAAGGUGUGUAACAACGUAAUUAUAUUCAGUUGUUCAUUUAAAAAAACUGUGUGUAGUGGCUGCAACAAGUUGGUGACAAGAUGGCAGUGCUGCAGACAUGUUGGUCUCCAUGUAUUUGGAAUAAUAAUGUGAAAACUGGAAGCAGAGCUGUUGCAUUUUAUACCGCGUCAUUUAGCGUGGUCUUGAUUACAUUUAUUUCCUACAUGAUGGCUGGAGGUGAAUCUACCCAGCUGUACAGUCCACUUUUUGAAGCAGAUAUCCGUGGAUCAAUGCAGACUUGGGGUGGCAUAUUUAUAGUCUACUUCCUGCUACUCAUAGCUGUCUCCAUAUUGAUGUUGUUUGGCAUAGCAAACAGCACUCGAGGUAUGAUGAUACCAUGGCUGCUGUUUAUGGGCAUUGGAAUCCUCUUCCAGUUUGUGUUCGGACUUUGGUUGCUUGGAGGCUACUACAUAUAUCUGCAGUCAGUGUUAGCCGCAUUGAUAGACUGGAUAUGGAUGGCGUACAAUGUGUAUUGCUGGUUGUGUGUGUACUCUCAGUAUCAGGUAUUUGAAGAAAUGCAAUCCCCAAAUAUUGAACUAUUGUACCCGUAAUGUGGAUGAAACGGAUACAGUCAUACACAACCCUGACGCUGGUGUUCCGUGUUCGAAGAAGUUAAUACUCAUGAGGACUUUUUCUGAAUGAACUCUUGAACACAGAACAUUCUUACUCGAACAUAAUAAUGGUGGUGGUGCUGGGAAAUAUGGCACCAGUGUAUUCAUGGUUGAACAUGGCAACAUAGUGAAUCUCAGUAUUCAGUUAUCGUCACUGUAUUCCGUCCAGCCAAACCAAAUCAGACUGCAUUUUGUUUGGAUGCUUUUAAAGAGAGACCUUAACAAAGUAUCAUUGCUUUUAGCAUGUUCCCUUCUUCCUGUUGAAAAUGCGACAUGAUCAUAUUUGUUUGUACAGAACUUCCGAAGGUCAAUCCUGCAGCAUGCUUGUUUUACUCAAAAGGCAGUAAUUGUAGUCAUAUUUUUAAAUCACCUUGAAAUGUCAGUAUUUUGUUCACCGAGUUAUCUUUGGUGCUAGAAGCUGAUUCUCAUGUAGACAGUACCUACAGUCAUUUGCAGUGAAGGUCUUAAAUAAUACAAGUAAACACAUUUUGCUCAGUGACUUUAGAUAUUAAUUAUUGUAUAGUGCCUUGAGAUACAAGCAUGAAUUUGCUGAUUAUUUAUUGUCUGUAGCACAAUCCUGAAACAGUGUUUCACCUGUACAUCACUUGGCCAUGAAAGAGUUGACAUUCAUGUUCUUGUCAUUACUUACAUCGUAUAUGAGAAGCCUCAUUCACACUCAUUGGUUCCAAAAAGAAAAUAAGGUAAUAUUUGUAAGAUGUUUGCAUGUGUGUUUCCUAAUAAUAGUAUGUUUAAUGAAGGGGAUGAUUUUAUAAAACUGGAUAAGAAUGUAAUAUUGUUCAUAAACUCAAUGCUACAUUUUAAAUCAGUACUUUAAACGGUACUGAGCUGGGAUAGCUCAGUCAGUACUGCUAUAUGUACUGUUUGAUUCUACACAGAAACAAUUUUUCUUUUCAUUAUAUCCAUCUCAACUCUAGAACCCACCCAGCCUCUUAUUCAAUAAAUAGCUGGAGUCCUUUCACCCAGGGUUAUAGCAGUUGGUGGGUGAUGGUGUCCAUUCACAUCUGUCUAAAUCCAUGCUAAGUCGCGGUGCAGGGGGAAACCCACCCCCUCUAAUACUGAAUACUGAAUACUGAAGUCCAUGCUAAGAAUGUUUAGUGUUCUACCUCCAUUUCCCCUGUAAACUAUCAUAUCUUGUUAUUACACACAAGAACCAUAUUUAUUUUUUAGGUACCUUUAACAGUUUCAUCAUCACAAUCAUACCAACUUUCAGGUCAGGGAAUUGUCAGUACUAAGUCCUGUCAGGCCCAGGACAUGAAAGUGUGUUUUAUAAUACUCAAAUCUCUUAAAAAUAUACAGCUUUUAUAGAGGUCAUUUCUUAACAAGCCAAGUGUCUGUCAUCAUGCCUCAGUUUUCAGUUUUGCUGUUAAUACUGGAGACACUAUUUCAGCAAUUUUUGUGAAGUUGUAUAUGACGAUCAUGUUACUGGACAACUUGCCUUUUUAACUCCCUGGCACCAGUAAUACCAACAUGAUUACUAUACAUAUUUGUGUGAAGGUAUAGAAUUAGCAUAUUCACUGUAAAUCUUAAUGUUUUGUUCUGUGGUGGAUCUGAGUAAAAUAUGUAGAUUUUGUGAGGAUAAUUUUCUUUGUAAAGCAGACUGUGGUGUAAAACAUUUCAGUGUGAUAACAAUAACCAGUGAACUAUAGGGUGGCAAAACAGUGAUAUCACAAUAUAGGCAGUUCUAUCUGUGGUGGAUAUUCUGAAUUUUAUCUUUCUCUCUUCAUGGAGCACAGAAGAUAUGAGUCACUCAGCUGGAAUAGAGGUUGCCUACCUUUUGUGGAUCCAUAAGAUUCAUUCCUGUGUUCAUGAGACCUUACUGUUGGACCAUGUAGAGAUUCAUGUGAAUCCAGUGCAUGUCCUAGUGCCCUGUUUACUUUGCAUCAGUUUCAGUAGUAUGCUCCCAUUUAUACCUAGGUCUUCUGAGUUCUCCCUUCCCUUCCCUUCAUGUUUUUUUUUUUUUUUUUUU